GCAUGAUGGAGUUCUGGUUGAUUUCGGUUCCUCUGGAUAAAAUCAGCUGUCAGUCUUUAGAGAAACUCAAACGGGUCGCGGCUAAAUCAGGUCUGGCCACAAGCUCCAGAUUCAAUGUCCCAGAGCUGAAGGUGGGAACACUGGAUGUGCUGCUGGGAGUUUCUGAUGACCUGUCCCGACUGGACACCUAUACAGAGGGUGUGAUGCGUCAGACGUCUCAGUGUUUGGGUGAGGUGAUGGAAGAGUUCAGUGGAAAACUCCUGGAGAGCAUGCUGGCCAAUGGAGAGCACAAGACUAGCCAGAAAGAUCAACGGUCACCAUUGAAAUCGUACUGCCAGUCCGUACAAGUGUUUCCUGAUGUUUCAAUGGACUUGGUGACGUAUGUGACCAGAUUUCAAUGGGACAGAGCCAAAUACCCCACUGCACAGCCUAUAAAGACCCUAACUGAGAUCAUCUCCAAACAAGUUUCGCAGGUGGACACUGAGUUGAAAUCACGCAGGGCUGCUUACAGUCAUCUUAAAGCCAGUAUUCAAAGCUUUGAACGGAAAAAUGAGGGAAGCUUGCAGACCCGUGCAUUGACCAAUAUUGUGAAGAAGGAGGACUUGGUUUUGAAUUCAGAGUACCUCACAACACUGCUAGUUGUGGUGCCCAGGACGGCAUAUACACUAUGGGCGAAGACAUAUGAGUCGAUGUCUAAGUUUGUUGUUCCUCGUUCCAGCCGGAAGUUGGUUGAGGAUGCAGAUGCAGGGAUUUUCACAGUAACACUGUUUAAGAGUGUCAUCAGUGAAUUCAAAGCCCAUGCCAAAAUUCACAAGUUUACAGUGCGGGAGUACAAUUCGGAUGAAGCCGAGAAGCAAAAACAGGAGAUAAGCCGUCUCGCUGUGGAUAAGAAGGAACUGUAUAGAACUUUUGUGUGUUGGCUGAAGGUGAACUUUAGUGAGAUCUUUGUUGCCUGGAUUCAUGUCAAGGUCCUUCGGAUAUUUGUUGAGUCAGUUCUCAGGUACGGUCUGCCGGUCAGUUUCCAGGCUGUUUUGCUACAGCCCAGUAAGAAGAGUAUGAAGCAGCUCAGGCAGCAACUCAACUCCAUUUUCAAACACCUCGACCCAGCGGCUGUGACCGGUAAACCAGAUGUGGGGCUUGAAAUCCCAGACGGAAGCACUGGUCAGCAGGAAUAUUACUCCUUAAUUUGUUAUCCUAUCAAAAUUAAUUUGGUAGAUCCAAGUUAGUGCUAAAU